CGGCGGUCGAAGGAGCCGAGGCGGGCGGCCGACCGAGGGGCGGACAGCCGGGACGACGGGCGGUGCCGCGUCGUCGCCAUGACAGAUCAGACCUACUGCGACCGCCUGGUGCAGGACACACCCUUCCUGACAGGCCAUGGGCGCCUGAGCGAGCAGCAGGUAGACAGGAUCAUCCUGCAGCUGAACCGCUACUACCCACAGAUCCUCACCGACAAGCAGGCGGAAAAGUUCCGGAACCCCAAGGCAUCCCUGCGCCUGCGGCUCUGCGACCUCCUGAGCCACCUGCAGCACAGCGGCGAGCGAGACUGCCAGGAGUUCUACCGCGCCCUGUACAUCCACGCCCAGCCACUGCAUGGCCUCCUGCCCAGCCGCCAGGCUCUGCAGAACUCAGAUUGCACAGAGCUCGACUGGGGCCGCGAGAGCCAUGAGCUGAGUGACAGGGGACCCAUGAGCUUCCUGGCGGGCUUGGGCCUGGCCGCAGGCCUGGCGCUCCUCCUCUACUGCUGCCCACCAGACUCCAGGGGGCUGCCGGGGGCCCGGCGCCUCCUCGGCUUCUCGCCAGUCAUCAUCGACAGGCACGUCAGCCGCUACCUGCUAGCCUUCCUAGCAGAUGACCUGGGGGGCCUCUGACGGCCACAGACCGCCCACCGCUCCACCAAAGAGGCCCUGUGCCUGCGGGGCCCGGCGCCUCCUUUUCUACGUGUGUUUCAUUAUUUAUAACUCCUGUAAGAAGCGUAUCGCCUUCUCCCUACAAGGUGCUUAAUGAUAUUAAAUGUUCACGUCCUCUCA